UAUACUCGCUUUCCCUCACAUCCAUUUUACGAGAAGGUUGGCGUUGUCUCGCGUCUGUUUUAAACAUUAUUGUAAGCAAUCAUGAGCAGAGACAGAGCUCCAAGGGUUUUUCUUGGUCGUCUACCUCGGGAUAUCAAGGAAAGAGACGUUGAGAAGUUUUUUCGAGGAUUUGGACGUAUCCGAGACAUAAAUUUGAAGAACGGAUUUGGCUUUGUGGAAUUUGAAGAUUAUAAAGAUGCUGAUGAUGCUGUUUACGAGAUGAACCACAAGGAAUUCAUGGGAGAAAGGAUUACAGUGGAACAUGCUCGUCCAACCUCAAGAAGUGGAGGUGGUGGAGGGGGCAGCGGUGGAGGAGGAGGGAGUGGAAUGAGAAGAGGUGGUGGAUUCAGGUUCCGAGACAGAUAUGGUGCACCAUAUAACACUGAGUACAAGUUGACUGUAGAGAAUUUGUCAUCUCGUGCAAGCUGGCAGCUACAGUAGUGGUAAGGUACUUUAUGGGAGCUUGGUUUAGGCAGAAAUCAAUUCCUGAUCUCUAACCUGGUCUGUGCGUAAAAAGGGGAAAAAUUAAUGGCCUUGGCAUAAAAUAUGACACUUGGCUUGCCACCUUAAGAUUGUGUAGAUCAUUCGAUUCCUGGUAUGGUUACUUGGUCAGUGGCCCUGUAUACUCUUGGCUGCACUUUUGGCCCAUUCAUCGAUAUCUGUUUUACAAGCUGAGAUGAGAUUCUGUAUGGCAUGAAGGCCUUGGUUAUCAACUGGGUUAAGUUUGAAGUUCUUGGUCUAAAUAGGUAGUUUUGCGAAGGUAAGGUAUAUGUCUAUGUGCUCUAAGGAUAGAUUUACGUCCUCUUUGUUUGGCUUUGGGGAUGUGUAAUGUUUACAGUACAUAUCAUUUACCAUUUUAUAUUCAUUAGUAUGCAUUUGAUAAACAUAUGAAGUGAAUGAAGAUUGCACGUACGCAAAUAACUAGAAUCAGUAACGUAGUAUAAGAUGGUAACAGGGCUCGACACUAAGUUUUCAACUUACUAGCCUAGUGGCUAGUGACAACUUAGAUGACGUUGGCUAGUUCCAAUAACAGGAGAAAGUACGAUUGCCGAAUUUUUCCGCUUUGCCGCUAGAAGUUUUAAACUUACAGCUUCUUCAGUGGGUCGUAAUUUUCAGAACUCUGGUCUUUGCCUUUUUCGUUUUUACCGCCGUUAAGAAACCCUCCUAUAUCCAUUACGGAAUUUUGAGAAAAACAAAACAAUGAGAUUUUGCAUCUGAAACCGUCUGACAAGUAGUCAGCACCCCUUGUGUCACGCUUGACUGGUAACAUUAAAAACAGCGGACCAAUUUAUCAUCUCAAUGAAUUGUGCCAAUUUUACUUUUGUUCAAUGGCCUGGUGUUUUCCAUCAAAUCUCUCGCCGACAGAUCAUGAAGAAAAAUCUAGUGAUUUUCCCGAAAAGACUUUCAGGACUCUGUUUUUCUUUGAGACUUCUUGGGAAAAUAUCAUUGUAAAAACUCUCGAGGCUUCUUCACAGACAGGUGCCGUAGAAAUGUUUCAAAAGCAAGACAACUAUCUGAACAACACUGCAAACUGUCGUUGGCGAAAUUCAAUUGCAAGAAGUGGCUGAUUUAAAUGUUGAAGGAAAUAAUCUUUCUCGUGUAAUUAUUUCUGUAGUGGUACGUUUUGUCAGUGUGUAUACAGUGACAAAUCAUCCAUGGUAUGUUAUGCUAAAUGAAAUGUUAUCCCUUAACAGUUCCGCACAAGUUUGCGCAUGAUUUUAUCAGGAAGCUCAUGUUUUUGAUCUAAUUUUGUAACAAAAAAGAACAUUGAUGUGUGCUUUCAGAAAAUGCUGUCUUGGUUGUCAAAUAUUUCUUUCAACAUAAUAACAUGUUCAGUUACCCGUUUACGUACCACACACACAGCGAAAAGUAAACACGUAAAUUUUCAUAUGUGCUGAACAGCACGUGCCCAGUAACAUGAUACGUCCACAAUAAAAUUCUGGCCUUGUUUUCGAGGAAAGUGUUUAUGUUUGUCUUCCUCAAGGAAGACAGAAACUAGUUUGGGCAAUUUUAUUUUGUCUACUAGCCAAAAAGGAUAUUAGAAAUCGAAAACCUAUUAGCUAAAACUAAAAUUCUACUAGUGUGUGGCUAGUUGGCUACCAGUAGUGUCGAGCCCUGAGUUUAUACCUGUGGAGGUGGUGUGGCCGAGUGGUUAAGGGUGCUGGAUUUGAAAUCUGGAGGUCCCUGGUUCAAAUCCUCCCUACCGCUAUGUGG